AUGAAGAGCACAAGCCGAAGCCAAGAUUACCAGCCAACCACCGAAGAUUACCAAACCGCCGAACGACCACUAUCAACACCGGCACAUACAGAUAAACACGGACUCGAAAUAACUCGUACAGCCUGCGGCCAAGGAGACGACGAGAUCAGCGAGAGCGGACAAAACGCCUGGAUAGGCCCAAACAAUCCCAGAUCCAUGAAAGACGCGGGAGACCAAAAUGGUCGUUGUCAGGACUACCCUAAUAGAUCAGCCCCCCCGUGCGCGCCUGCUUAG